CUUCGCCCACCCUCAGUCUGAUUCUAAAGUUUACUGCCCAGGUUCAAAAAUUCCACCACAUUCUACAAUGGCUUGCAAGUGUUCAGUUGUUUUGUUGCUUUUAAGUUUUGUUCUUCAAGUUCUUGCGCAGGACCUUCAGGGAAAUACGUACGUUGAAAAACAGUUACUUUGCGCCCUCGACAAGGCACCCUGUGAUGUUUUGGGAAGACAGAUUAAAGAUGCGUUGCCUGAAAUAAUCGGAAAAAACUGCAAAACCUGCGACCAACGACAAGUAGCCAACGCCAGAAGAAUUGCCAGGUUCGUCCAAACGAAGUACCCGCAAAUGUGGAACGCACUCGUCGAUAAAUAUGGCCCCAAAAGAGCUUAGAAAUAAUAAAACUUCAUAAAAAAAAUAAAAAAAGUUUGUGGCCCAUGGGGGGAUCGAACCCGCGACCUUCGCGUUAUUAGCACGACGCUCUAACCAACUGAGCUAAUGGGCCUGUGGUAAAUUGUAGAAAGGUUAUUGUACAUUUAAUAAAUUUAUUUAU